AUGCAAAUUGACGGGGUUGUUCCAAACGAAUCUACCUUUUCUGUAAUACUCAAUGCUAGUGCUGAAUUAUUCUCUGUGAGAUUUGGAAAUGUAUUGCAUACACUAGCAGAGAAGACUGGAUUCAAGGGUCAUAAGAAUGUCGAGGAUGCCUUGAUCAUCAUGUACUUGAGGACUGGCCACUUUAAAGCUGCUGAAAAUGUGUUUUUAGGUAUGACUUAUGGUGAUGUUGGAACCUGGAAUAUAAUGAUAUGUGGGUACUGCCUUUAUGGUUUUGGGUUCUACUAUUUUUAUGAGUUAAUGAACCAGAAGGGUCUGGAACCUGGUUUAGAGCACUAUAGGUGUAUCAUUAAUAUUCUAAUCAAGGGUGGAAGACUAGAAGAAGCUUUUGAUUUCGUGGUAUCAACACCACUCAAAUGGGAUGACAAGACUUGGAGUACCUUUCUCCGAGGAUGUCAUGCUCAUGGAGACUAUCUUCUAUAUGUCCAAGCUGCAAAGUGGAUCCCUGAUGAUGUGCUGGUUAGUGAGUACGGUGUAUCCACGGACAUCCGUGAACCGAUAGAAAUGGAGAAUGAUUGA